ACGAAGAUGAUAAGGAUGCAGCGCACAAGCCGUUUGAUGAAACAUGUGUAAGUAAUUUUCUAAGUAAAUGUGAUUAAUAUAAUGAAGUUACAAAUAAAAAUAAAGGGAGUUGAUAUUAUUAAUAUUAUGUUACAGGUAUGUGGAUAAGAUUAUACAUUAAGAGCGCUACUCAGUGUGUUGGUAUGUGUGCGUGUCUAAAGUGUAUAUCAAAACAAGCGAAGAUGUAAGUAAGAUUUUAAAGAUAUGUGUCGUAUAUUGAGUGUUUAUUAUAUUAAUGCAUAAGUGUGAUUUUCUUUGUGUUGCAUGAAAGUUAGUGAUAUUGUAUCGACGAGUUUGGGAGCAGUUGUUUGGUAUUCACAGCCGGAAUGAAGCCGCCUACGCGAUAGGCAGUAUAUACACGCGAGAGGUCGAAGGGGUUGCCUAUCUUGUACUCGUCAGGGGCCGGCCCGCUCAGCAAGAUGAGAAGCGAAUGGACACAGAUGAGCUUGUAACACGCACACGCUCGCACGCACACACACACACACACACACACACACACACAGAGGCGCGCACACGCGCACACACUCAACGGUAUGUAUCACCCGAGCUUACAUCCCUCUCUCUCUCUCUUCCAGGCGUCGGGGGUGAGGCCACGCUUUGGGAGUUGGCAAGUGAAGGAUCACGACCGCAUCCUUGGCACCAGUACACCACCAGUGUAACGGAUAGCGUUGCAGACUUCGAAUCAUCGAUCGGGGGUUCAAUACCCGAUAUUUUCACGGGGCGUAUAUAGCCAUCACGUUUGAGGCCCAUCCCACCAGUUUGUUCGUCAGCAUGGACAGGUUACGCUACGAGUCGGAGCGGUUUCGCACUUACUUUGGCUUUCCUAUAGCUGGAAUGGAUGUAAGAAUGUUAACUCGUGCCGGAUUUUGGUUCACCAACAACAAUGACAAGAUACGGUGUGCUUUUUGCAACUUGGAGAUUGGAGCAUUAGGAGUUGGAGAUAAUUUAAUGGAACUUCACAGUGAGUGGUCAAGUGAUUGCCUUUUUAUCCGAGGGGAAUCAGAUAACGUUCCAAUGGAACAAGAGCACGAUAUGGUGUGUUUGUUGCCAUCCAACAAUUGUGGUCCAUGCUUGACUAACUUAGGUGUUAGUGUAAGUGAUAAUGUGAGGAAGAGCGACAACGUUACUAGUACCCACUUGAAUGUUGUGAGAAGGGUAGAACCAAUGCACUCACGAUUUGAGAAUCCAAAGUCAAGAUUGAAAAGCUACAGCACAUGGCCACUGGAACAUUGGUUAGCACCACGGGUUUUGAGUGAAGCAGGAUUUUUUUAUUCGGGUACAUUAGACAAAGCUAUAUGCUUUUCGUGCGGAGGUGGACUGAAAGAUUGGCAGCAACAUGACGACCCGUGGGAGGAACAUGCUUUUUAUUUCUCCAAGUGCCGGUUUCUUAUAGAGAGAAAAGGACGCGAUUUCGUGAAACGUGUUCAAGGAGAAAGACCACGUGCACUCAAAAGUGAAGAAAUUGGUGCAUUGGCCUCACAUCCUCCGAAAUGUACUACUGCUACUCCUGAACAAUUUUUGUGCCACUUGUGUCAGGAGAAUGAAAGAAAAAUUCUAUUCAUGCCUUGUGGACAUUUAGUAGCGUGUAUUGUGUGCGGUAUGAAAGUCAAAUCUUGCCCUAUAUGUCGAGUGGACAUUCUUGCUACAACGCGUGCAAUUUUGGUGUAAUUCUUCACAACUUUCUACAAUAAAAGUAAAUCACAA